AAAAAAAAUCUGUGAAUCAAUCGGAGAAAUAAAUAAAUUUCAAUGGUCUUUCAUAAAUGAAUUUACACAAUUUAGAUUUUAAUUGGACCAGUUCCAAUAUUGACUGGUUUUCUCACGAGUUUUCUCCAAAUGUUCUGAAAGAAAUCAAAUUAGCAUUUCAUAGUUAUUUAUAAGGCAGCUGGGUUACUACCUAAAAUGGAAGAAGCUGUGUCGAUAAAUAUUGGUGAUGCUGCUGCAGACAAUUUAUACCCAGCUUUGUUUCAAUGUUUUACAAUAAUUUUGUGUGGGUACACAGCUGGGAGAUUACAUGUUGUGACAGCAACAGAGUCAAAAGGCAUAGCUACUUUUGUUGGGACAUUCGCUUUACCAUCACUCAUAUUUCUCUCUCUUGCAAGGCUUGAUUUUACAACUGUGAAUUGGACAUUUUUACUAGCAAUUCUACUUGCUAAAGGAACUAUAUUCUUUGCUGUUAUAUUGGUAACAGUAUUGGUUUCAAAACCUGCUAACUUGGGAAGAGCUGGUAUCUUUGCAAUUUUCUGCACUCAAAGCAAUGAUUUCGCUCUUGGAUAUCCUAUCAUUAAUGCUAUAUAUGAAAAGACUCAUCCAGAAUAUGCAUUGUACUUGUACUUGAUGGCACCUAUAUCAUUAGCAAUCUUAAACCCUGUUGCAUUUGUUUUGAUGGAAAUUAACAAGCAGAAAGAGAAUAGUCAAAAUGUUGAAGCUUCUUCUGGAAGCAGGAAGCCAGAAAUUUCAAAACUUAAAUUGAUUAAGCAAAUUGCCAAAGGGAUCCUAUUUAAUCCAGUGCUAGUCAUGACAAUCUUGGGUAUCAUUGGUAAUGUAGUAUUUAAACAUAGAAUUACAAUUUAUGUUGAGGGACUAUUAGAGGUUUUCGGCCAGUCUUUCUCGGCAUCUGCAUUGUUUUUACUUGGACUGAGGAUGGUGGGACAGAUACACAGAUUAAGAGGGCCAGCUUUGGUACUCCCCUGUGUACUGAUAAUGGUGAAACUAUUAAUUUUACCAAUGGUGAUGAGGGAAAGUGUGAGUGCCUUUCAUGCGGGGUUUAAUGAUAGUGAAACCUCCUCUUUAUCCACUUAUGCAUUCUUAUAUGGAACCAUACCAACUGCACCAGCCGUAUUUGUGUUUUCCAACUUAUAUCAAUUGGAAAUUGAUUUGAUGGCUUCUUCAAUGGUAAUCUGUACUUUUCUAUCAGCACCUAUGAUGUUUUUGUCAGCACAAGUUAUAGCUAUAAACAAAGAUUAUGCUGACCAGUUGAAGAGAUUCGGCUUCGACCUUUCCAUAGUUGCUUUGGUCGCAGCUCUUUGGGUACUCUUUGUAUUCAUUGUGACUAAGAAAUAUAAAAGAAUGCCCCAUAGACUGACUAUGUGCUUGAUAGUAUCGCAGAUAUUACUAGCUGUGAGCGUCAUAUGGGGAGGUCCUCUACCAAAUCAUAAAAUCUCCUGGUUCUACACACUGCAAGAGGCACUCCGAACAUUCAGUAUGUUCUCGUGCUUGCUUUGGACUUCGAUGUUGUCUAUCGGUCUGCUUAUGUUAGAGAGUCGCGGUCCAUGCUUCGUGGUGACUCUGUGGCCGGUAUUAGGGUUCGUCGCGUGGGGCGCGCCUGGAGUGAUGACCGCGAUAUUGCUGGCCACUAAGGGCUCCGCUGGCGACUUAGAUGACACAGCCAUCGAUGCCAUCAGGCUGUGCCUACUCGUGUUCUGUCUCACUGUGACGGCAGGCUGCCUGAUCGUAUACGUGCGGUUCCGAAGGCGCAGUGCACAGUUCGCCACUCUAUCGGCCGAAGUGUCGGGUUCACCCCCCGACGAGUCUACUAGUCUUGUCGAAAAUGCCGAACCCGUGUCGAAUACCCCGUCUAUAUCUAACAACGGAUGUUACGGGACCAUAACUACAACACCGUCGCCCAACAUAAACAUCAACUCUGGGUGUUGUUCCGAUGAUCCGAACUGCCAAAACGGCUUUAUGCACAGCCACGAUAUUGAAGAUAUCGCGAGCGGCAAUACACCGCCUAAGGACUGCGCUUGCCCGCCAUCGCAGAAACCUCGAUGCAACGCCCCCGAAGGGUCCUGCAGUUAUCUCAACGAGCUGGAACGCGCCGCUAGCCAAUUGGGACUGUUGCCGCCGGAACAGACGCGCGGCCGCGGCGGACAACUACUCAAGCACACCGUCCUCAUCAUCGCGUACAGCCUCACUAUGUUCAUUGGUAUCACGUACACAACUUGGCGGAUGAUGAUGAGCGACGAGAGCGGAGUUUUCAUUGAGAUCGAGUUCCUGGACAUCGCAGCUAACUAUGGCCAGGCGCUCGUUAUAUUCGUAUUGUUCGGACUGGACCCGGAGGAGAUUCUCAUACCUACUGUCAGAUAUUUCAAGAAGAAAUGGUAUGGCAAUGCUGACCUCUUGGUAUUGCCAUCAAUCGAAGAUCUCAGUUUUGAAACGAAACACGUUUGCGACCAGUUCAUAACUCAUCAUCUGGAGAGAUGCAAGGAAGCCAUUGCCAAAGAUACAAGGUGGCGUAUGCGCACAUAUCGCGGUGUAUUCCGUGGAUCUUGUCUCGUACGAUGGCUAGUGAACUGCGGUCUGGCUAAAGACGAACAUGAGGCGACUCAGUACGGCCGCCACUUGUUGGACGGAAGACUCAUAGCUCACGUGAACCAAGCGCACCACUUCACCAACUCACCGCUUCUUUAUACCUUCAUAUAGACCACGGCAUUUUAUCAACCGCAAAGUUAUACGCACUGCGAGAAAAUCAUAUCGGAAAAAAAGGGACUGCAUUUAUCUUAGAACGAAGAACAAGACAUUCAUCAUAUUUAAUUUCAUUUUUUAUGUUAAGUAGUUGUUCAGUAAUCAAUCAUACAUCAUUCACCAGUAUGGUGCAUCGGUUACAGAAUCAUUCUCCAUUUUAAAGUAGUUACGAAGUGUUUAUCCACUGUAUAACAACAACUAAAUAACUAUCUUCAUGUAUUUUAUUUUGUGUGUAUGAUUAUAAAAACCAAAUGGGUGAUAUCCUUUAUGCUUUACACUCUAAACCAAAAAAAUGACGCUAUUAAAAAAUUGUGUGCACAAUUUCGUUUUGUGAUUUAUAAUAUAAGAAGUACUUGUAACGUGUACUUAAUGUUUUAUAUGUAAUGGAUCAGUGUCACAAGUAAUUUAUUUAAGUGGUAAAUUUCUAAUUGUUUAGAAAGCUCAUGAAACCGGAAACGCUCUGGUAUU